AUGAAUCACUCUACAGUGAACUUCACCACACCUGAAGCAUCAACAAUUUAUUACUUUGGGCUAAUGGACGGUCAGGGAAUGUGUGUCUUAAGCCUCAGUUUGCUGUUUGGUCUUCCUACACACUCCUAUGUUAUAUGGCUUAUCAUUACAGGAACAGGAAAUGGAGUUGCAUCAGAGUUCUUCAACCUCAAUCUCUCUGUUUGUGAGAUUGGUAGCAGCAUCAGUGCAAUGUUCGGGAUACUGUCACUUCUCUUCUCCAAUUUUACAAUAUUAACACAUUUUUUGCAAGGACUAGGCGUCACUGGUCGUCCUCUGUUUCAGUGUCUGAUCUGUGUUGAGCGUUACCUGGCAGUGGUUCAUCCUGUAACCUUUCUGAAGUACAAACCUCUCAGAUAUAGAGUGAUCUGCUCCACUGCAGUCUGGAUAAUCACUCUUGGAUCAUGUUUGUUCUACAUGUGUUUUUUAGUCUCAUUCAACAUAAAGGCAUAUACAUGGUUCUUUUCGCUGCAGUUCCUUCUUUUCCUCUGCAUUCAGAUGUUUUGUCUUGUGGCUGUUCUCAGAGCUCUGAAGCAGUCAGGACCAGGAGAGAGAGGGAGAGAAAGAAAAGAGGAAAACCACAUAAAGAAAAGAGCGUUUUAUCUCAUUCUGAUAACGACAAUGAACAUGAUUAUUCUAUAUGUGCCAUUUAUUGUCACAGGAUUCUUUGUCAUUGUAACACAUCAAAAUUUUCUUGACUUUUGGUUUCCUGGUUGUCUUUGUUAUGUACUGGCUGGUUUUGUGCAGCCUGUUCUUUAUUUACAACGAGCUGGAAAACUCUUCUGCUUCUGUUUGUCAUUAAAACAUGAUAUUGUAGGGUCUUUUUGUAACUUACAUUAA